UGUUAUAAUCAGAUCAUCUCCACGUAUCUCACACACUCUCCCCUUCCUUCAUUCCACCCCCCCAAAGCUCCCACCUUUAACCUUCAAGAAUCUCACCACAUCUUCCACUUUCAAAACCCAGAUGGCAGAUCGUUUCUUCCCUCAUGACAUGCCGGAAUUCAUCCAAGAACAAGACCCACCACCACCGGAAACCACCACAACCCCCCUUCUAUCCCUCCCCUACAACUCAUUCUCUGACCAACUCAAACAAGCAGCUUUCAACCUCAAACAAACUAUUGUUAUGGAGACAUGGGGAAGCAGUGGUGAACGUUUGAAUGAUUAUAGAGUGUACACAGGUGCUUUAGGAACAGCUUUCUUGGUGUUUAAAGCUUAUCAAGUUUCACACAACAAGAAAGAUCUUGAUUUGUGUAAAGAUAUUGUUAAGGCUUGUGAUUCUGCCUCUAGUGGCUCCAGCCGUGUGACGUUCUUAUGUGGGCUGGCUGGUGUAUAUGCUCUUGGUGCAGUUGUGGCUAAACAAGCGAAUGAUGAUAAACUGUGUGAUUACUAUUUGACAAGAUUUGGAGAGAUCAAGAUUCCGAACGAUCUUCCUAACGAGCUAUUAUACGGUAGAGCAGGGUACUUAUGGGCAUGCUUGUUUCUAAACAAGAAUCUUGGUCAAAACACAAUUUCAUCUACCCAUAUGAGAACAAUUACAGAUGAAAUUAUGAGAUCUGGUAGAAAAAUGCGUACAAAGGAAUGCCCAUUGAUGUAUGAAUGGCAGGGUAAACGGUAUUGGGGAGCGGCCCAUGGGCUUGUUGGGAUAAUGCAUGUAUUAAUGGACAUGGUUUUAACGGAAGAUGAGUUGAAAGAUGUAAAAGGUACACUUUUUUACAUGAUUAAGAAUCGAUUCCCGAGUGGAAAUUAUCCGUCGAGUGAAAGAAGUGAGUCCGACCGUUUGGUGCAUUGGUGUCAUGGCGCUCCUGGUGUCGCUCUUACCCUUGCAAAAGCAGCUAAGGUUUAUGGAGAUGAGGAGUUUUACAAGGCGGCCAUGGAGGCAGGGGAGGUGGUAUGGAAACGCGGUUUACUUAAACGGGUUGGAAUCUGUCACGGAAUAAGUGGGAACACGUACGUUUUUCUUGCACUCUAUCGCUUAACGGGUGAUGUAAAGUUCUUAUAUAGAGCCAAAGCUUUCGCCGCAUUCCUCUAUGAAAAAAGCGCGAUGCUUAUAUCCCAAGGGGUGAUGCAUGGUGGUGACAACCCGUUUUCCCUAUUCGAAGGUGUUGGAGGAAUGGCUUAUCUUUUUAUGGAUAUGGUAGAACCGUUGGAGGCUAGGUUCCCUGCUUACGAGCUUUAAAUAGCGGUGGGGUUUUCGUUUCUUUUAUGGUUUUUAUGUAUCCAUAUAUCAUGUUACGUUAUAUCAUCGAACAUACGCGUAUGUAGCUAGCUAAUCUUGUUAUUGAUGUUUAUCUAGAAUAAUUGACAUUCACUAAUUUACCUUCCCGGUAUGAUAUUCGGAUACAUCCUAUUUUUAUUU